AUGAAGAUAAACGCGGAAACAGUGGACUGGAUAUCCGAGAUGCCCUCGGGUUUUUGGGACAUUCCGCUGUGGAAUCUCGCUAUACCCGGAAGUCAUGACACCAUGACUUACUGUUUAGAUGAAUGUCCCUCAGUACUGAAGUCUUCCCUGAGGUUGCUUCAACUAUUAGACAAUUGCGCUAUAUAAAUAAAGGUGACUUGGUUUCCUUGUAUCAUUCGGCCGUGUAUAAUCAAAUGGGUGACUACACAGGAAGAUAGCAUCUGUAACCAGCUGGAUUUAGGCAUUGUUUUUCUUGAUUUAAGAAUAGCUCAUAAGAUAAAAGACCCUGAUAAAGUUUUCUACUUUGCACAUGGUAUCUUCUUCUCCCUUCUGACAGUGGAGGAAGUGCUCACAGAAGUUGCUCGCUGGUUAGAUCAGUGUCACAGUCACACCAAGGAAGUGAUCAUUAUUGCACUUUCUGCCUUUGAUGGCAUGAACCUGGAUCAACACUGAGAUCUCAUUCAAUUCCUCAUAAGCACAUUUGACAAUAAAAUUUGUCCCAAUCAUACCAUACCCUCACUACAGCAGUGUUGGAAUCACAAUUAUCAGGUUAUUUUGUCAUAUGAUGACUUAGCAGCGUAGAAUGAGGAAUUGUGGCCACACUGUGAAUAUUGGUGGGCAAAUACAUCAGAUCCAAAACAUGUCAUGUCCUACCUGGAGGAGAGAAAAACAGAAGGAAGACCAGGUCAGUUUUUUGCUGCUGGUCUGAACCUAACUGAGGAUGCCAACUAUGUUCUCUCUCAUCCUUGCCAGUCUUUACAAAGCAUGGCCUUGAGCUCCUAUAGUCUGCUUUUGAACUGGGUCAAACAGCAGCAUCCAGGCCCAGGCAAAUCAUGUGUCAACAUCAUCUGUGCAGAUUUUGUGGGAGCUUUCAGAAAUGAAUUCACCCAACUGGUUAUUGGACUCAAUCAAACACUCUUAAAGGAGACCUGACCCUU